AAAGAUUUUCUCCUGUGAACCCAAAGACACCAGUUUGGCUGAUAUGUGCACCAAUAUUCUGGAAACCUGAGGGACGUGUUUGACGAUGACAUCACUGAAGAUGUGCUGCCUCCUCCUGCCCCUCGCUGCUCUCCUCCUCCUCCUAACCAUUGUUCCCACGGUAACUGAAGUGGUCAAGUCGAUGUCGGACUGUCCAGGGUUUCUCCUCGACGAAUCUCCACCAAAUGUCCCGGGAAUCUUGGAGGGAGGGAACAUCCUGGACCAGAACAGAUACAAACCCAUUUGCCAGACUUUUAAUAACAGCAGAAGUUUUGUGACGCUCUACGACACCAAGAACAGGAUUCCAGUGUUUUCUGCUUACAAGUACACAGGGUCAAAGGGCAAGAGACCCAAAGACAUUUGGAAAAUAGAACCACAGCUUGAGGACAUUACUGACAUCAAGAAGAUGAGGACAUCUAAUGACCAAAGGACCUACAACAACCAGGCUGGGAAUGCUGAUUACACCAACCAAAGUUUCGACAGAGGGCAUUUGUUUCCAAGUUCUUAUGCAUUGACUGAAAAUGAUAAGAAAUCUACUUUUACCCUUACCAACAUUGUUCCACAGCAAUCCACAUUCAACCAGGGAAGCUGGAAACAAAUGGAGAGCUGCAUCAAAUGUGUUCUGGAUAAAUACUGUUUCAACAACAAUGUUGUUAAAGAAGGAUUUUUGGUAACUGGAGCACAGCCCGGCCAAAACAACAUGAACAACAGGGUUAAUAUUCCUUCCAUGCUCUGGUCAGCAUUCUGCUGCUACAGUCAAAGUAAGGGAUGGCUAGCAAGUGCGCACUGGGGCGACAACAUCCCCGAAACUGGAGUUACAUAUAUGCAGACUAAGACCUUGGCAGAUCUCCAGAAUCAGCUGGGAACAUUGACCUCAGUAGUGUUUCCUGGAACACAAUGUCCUCUCCACACAACUAUCACUCACUUAUACCCAAACCUUAACACAUGCUGUAAAUGCCCACCAACCAUUUCAACCACAUCUGCCUCUCCAAGUUCAACAUAUGUUCCUCUUUCUACCACAUCUUCCCCUCUUUCUACCACAUCUGUGUCUCUUUCUACCACAUCUGCCUCUCUUUCUACCACAUCUGUCCCUACAUCUACCACAUCUGCCCCUCGUUCUACCACAUCUGCCCCUCGUUCUACCACAUCUGCCCCUCUUUCUACCACAUCUGCCCCUCGUUCUACCACAUCUGCCCCUCUUUCUACCACAUCUGCCCCUCUUUCUACCACAUCUGCCCCUCUUACUACAACAUCUGCCCCUCUUACUACCACAUCUGCCCCUCGUUCUACCACAUCUGCCCCACUUUCUACCACAUCUGCCCCUCGUUCUACCACAUCUGUGUCUGUUUCUACAACAACAACAACCACCGCAACCACAAAGAAGAAACUGGUUUAGCUAUAGGAAAUGUUUCUGCUGCAGGAACUGGUUCAGCUGCAGGGUUCUGUUGCAGAAAGUGGUUCAGCGAUAUUGCAAAAAUUGUACCUCCAAUCAUUAACAUAUCUACUCAAACUUCUACUCCUCAUCCAAACAUUAAGCAUCCCGUUUUCACCACCGUUCCUAAUACCACCGCAACGCCGACAUCUGUUAAACCUCCUGCAGUUCCACCUAGAGUUAUUUCUUCUGUUACAGCAAUUACUGUUUCCAUGUACUGUUUCUGUUGCAAAUCCGGCCCCUCGCAGAUUUUGAUCCGGCCCGCAUAUCAAUCUAGGUU